UUACGGAAAAUGGUCGUUAUAAUCUCAGUGAGAUCGAUCGCACCAGAUCCCACCCUCUCUCUUACAUUUCAAGCGCAGAAUCUCUGCCCUUCACCUGGCUCGCUGUUCUUCCAAUGGAUCUUUCUCUCUCUUCGUUUGCUCUCUCUUCCAUUCCACCUCCAUUGAAAUCCUGCAAUCUCACUUCACUCUCCAAUUUCCCCAAUUACAGUUUCAAAUCCAGGAAUUUUUCCCUCACGCCGUUGAUUUCGCGCCAAAAUCGGCGGAUCAGAGCUCAAUAUUCAUGUAAUUCCGGCGGUGGCGGUGGAGGUGGAGGUGAUGAUGAUGGUUUUGUUGUGGAUGAAGUUCCGCACUUGACGAAUUUUCUGCCUGAUUUGCCGUCAUACCCAAACCCAUUGCAACAGAACUUAGCUUAUGCAAUAGUCAAGAAAAAUUUUGUUAGCCCAGAAGACAUGGUAGCACAAAAAAUUGUUGUUCAAAAGGGAAGUCCUAGAGGAGUUCAUUUUCGGCGAGCAGGGCCUCGAGAAAAGGUUUAUUUCAAGUCAGAGGAAGUACGUGCUUGUAUAGUGACAUGUGGAGGAUUGUGCCCCGGAAUCAACACAGUGAUUCGGGAGAUAGUAUGUGGCUUGAAUUAUAUGUAUGGUGUUCAUGAUAUACUUGGGAUUGAGGGAGGAUACAGAGGCUUUUACUCCAAAAAUACCAUUCAGUUGACACCUAAAGUUGUCAACGAUAUCCAUAAACGUGGUGGCACCUUUCUUCAUACUUCCUGAGGGGGUCAUGAUACCAACAAGAUAGUUGAUAAUAUUCAUUUGACACCUUUCUUCUCAAUGUUGUUCAAAGUCUAAAUGUUACCUUUUCUUUCCACUCUGUAGCAACUUCAACAUGUUUUUCCUUAAUGAUUAUAGAGAAAAAUUCAUCUA